AUAGGGUCGUGGUCCUAAGAAACACAUGAAGCGUUUGGCAGCUCCCAAGCAUUGGAUGCUUGACAAGUUUCUAGGUAACUAUGCCCCUAAGCCUUCCUCUGGUCCUCACAAGACUCGUGAAUGUUUGCCUUUGAUCGUCUUCAUCCGUAACCGUUUGAAGUACGCUCUUAACGGUCGUGAAGUCCAAUCCAUCUUGAUGCAACGUCUUGUCAAGGUUGACGGUAAGGUCCGUACCGACUCCACUUUCCCCGCUGGUUUCAUGGAUGUCAUCAGCGUUGAAAAGACUGGUGAAAACUUCCGUCUCGUCUACGACGUCAAGGGUCGUUUCGCCGUCCACCGUAUCACUGACGAAGAAGCCAAGUACAAGCUCUGCAAGGUUAGAAAGGUCAUGAUCGGUGCCAAGGGUGUCCCUUACAUCACCACCCAUGAUGGUCGUACCAUUCGUUACCCUGAUCCUUUGAUCAAGGCCAACGACACCAUCCGCUUCAACCUCGAAACCGGCAAGAUCGAAGAUUUCGUCAAGUUCGACGUCGGUAACGUUGUCAUGGUUACUGGUGGUCGUAACAUUGGUCGUGUUGGUCAACUCAUUCACCGUGAACGUCACAUUGGUGGUUUCGAAAUCGUCCACAUCAAGGAUGCUCUCGAUCGUGUCUUCGCUACUCGUAUCUCCAACGUCUUCACCAUCGGUCAAGGUACCAAGCCCUGGAUCUCUCUUCCCAAGGGUAAGGGUGUCAAGCUCUCCAUCACUGAAGAACGUGACCGCCGUAGAGCCGCUGCUUCUUCUGCUCACUAA